UUCCUUUUCUUUUUUUUUCAUUAUGACUCCACUUUUAUGCUAUCGUUGUCGAAAGAUACUAGAGGAUGAGACGUCAUUUAUUACUUGUAAAUACUGUACAGUGUCAUGGCAUAUUGACUGCCUUAUUCAACCUACACAUAAACACAAAACUGUAGAAGAUGACUGGCGAUGUCCUCACCAUCAAGAAAGACCUUAUACACGUAAAAGAGUCAAGGGAGAAAACGGCAAGACAGUCAAGAUAGAACAACAGCAAGAAGAAGAAGUGAGUUUUCAUGAAGCAGAGCAUAUGGUCAAAUAUGGCAAUGUUACAUUUGGUCUCUCUACAAGCCAUAUUGAACAUGAAUUUCUGGAUUAUGCUAAAAGAACAUAUCGGUUCAAUCGAGAUGCACGGAUCCAUUCAUUGCCUCAAAAGACACAUGAGCAACAAUUGGGUGUUCAAAUGCUAUUGGAUGCUGCUCAUUGUAAUAAGCGGGUCAUGGUAGAAUUAGACGAAAAGGAAUACGAAAAGAUUGAAGCUAUAAAACAACUUGUUAGGUUAAAAGGGGAUGAAGAUACAUUAAUCAAGCUAUUAUCUCAAUAAAUAUGACUAGAUGGAAGAGGAAACAGUCUGAUUUAUCUAUCAAUUAAUACGCUUUUAUUUUUCUACCUGCAGAUGUCAUUAUGCCCAAGCAGAUUUGACGUCGGCGAUUGAAAAACAACAGAACCAAAUGAUUCAUAAAUUGAGCAUUUGUUUAGAAAUGCAUAAAGACGUAGAUAUUUUGUCUUGACAUAUUAGCAAAAGUUGUUGAUCUUUACUCUAGAAUUCUAACGAUAUAGGAAAAAACACAAGAGGUUUAUUAGUAAGAUUCUGCUUAAAUGUGAAGAAACGGCUUUAGAGUUUUCUGCACUUGGUGAAUCAUUUCUAUAAUACCAUCUAAAAAUAAAUUAGGC